AUAGUAUCUACAAGGGACCCAUUUUGAUUUUUGUUUACUCGAUUAUGUUUCAUUAUUAUUAUUAUUUUUUUGAAUAAAAUAAACGCGGAGUGAACGUAUUAUGUUUGUUUCGGGAACGAAGCUAGCCAAAAAGAACUAAACGUUUCAGCGUUACGCAUUAAUAUCAAACAAUGCAUAUCAAACAGGUUAUUAUACAUGGUUUUAAAAGCUAUAGGGAGCAAACUGUAGUUGAACCAUUUGACAAGAGACAUAAUGUUGUUGUUGGCCGUAAUGGAUCUGGAAAAAGCAAUUUCUUCUAUGCCAUUCAAUUCGUACUUAGUGAUGAGUUUUCACAUCUUCGUCCUGAGCAAAGACAAGCACUACUUCAUGAAGGAACCGGUCCCAGAGUUGUUACAGCUUAUGUAGAAAUUAUCUUUGAUAAUACUGAUAAUCGCCUACCAAUUGAAAAGGAAGAAGUUAUUUUAAGACGAGUAAUUGGUGCCAAAAAAGACCAGUACUUUCUAAAUAAAAAAAUGGUCCCUAGGUCAGACGUUACUAACUUAUUAGAAUCUGCUGGAUUUUCCCAUUCAAAUCCAUAUUAUAUUGUCAAACAAGGAAAGAUAAACCAAAUGGCCACUGCGCCAGAUUCUCACAGAUUAAAGCUUUUGAGAGAAGUUGCUGGUACCAGAGUUUAUGAUGAACGUAAAGAAGAAUCAAUUGAUAUAUUAAAAGAUACUCAAACUAAACUGGAAAAAAUUGUUGAGUUUAUCAAAACAAUUGAAGAACGAUUACAAACUCUUGAAGAAGAAAAAGAAGAACUUAAAGAGUAUCAAGUUUGGGAUAAAAAAAGAAGGACAUUGGAAUUUUGUAUUCAUGAUCGUGAAUUAAAAGACACUAAACGAAAGUUGGAAGAAUUGGAUGGAAAAAUAAAUAAUUUUGAUGAAGAACAAAAACGACUUGCUUCUAAAGUUAAAGAUGCUACUGAUCAAGCGAAGAAAGCAGCAAAACAGUUACGAGAUGCUAAACGUGAAGUACAUGCUGCAAAAGAAGAAAAAGAAACUUUAAGCUUAGAACAACAGGAGUUGAUUAAGCAAAAGACAAAAUUAGAUUUUACUAUAAAAGAUUUAACGGAUGAAGUAGAUGGAGAUAAUAAUUCAAAAGAGAGGGCAGAGAGAGAAUUGAAAAAACUUCAAGAUACCAUUAAAGCCAAAGAAUCAGAACUUCAAGAGUUAAAACCAAAGUAUGAAGCUCAAAAAAAGAAAGAAGAAGAUUGUACUCGGGAACUUGCUUUAAAAGAACAAAAAAGAAAAGAACUGUAUGCUAAACAAGGAAGAGGAAGUCAAUUUACAUCCAAAGAAGAUCGUGACAAAUGGAUUCAAAAAGAACUUAAGUCUUUAAAUAAACAAAUAAAAGACAAGAAUGAACAUAAAGACAAAUUAACUGAUGAUUUAAAAAGAGACGGAGAACGGCAGCGUGAAUUAGAACAUCAAAUUCAGAUGAACUCUAUUGAAUUGGAAAAACAAAGAGUUGCUAUUGAUGAAUAUAAUAAAAAAUAUUAUGAAUUAAAAAAAGCAAAAGACCAACAUCAAAGUCAGAGAAAUGAGUUGUGGCGCAAAGAAAAUACUAUUCAGCAUAGUUUGUCGUCACUUAAAGAAGAGUUGGCAAAGUCUGAUCAAGCACUCCGCAGUAUGGCUGGAAAAGCAAUUUUAAAUGGAAGAGAUAGUGUACGUAAGGUAUUAGAUGUAUUUAAAGAAAAAGGUGGAGCUCAUCUUGAUCUUGCUACUCAAUAUUAUGGACAAGUGAUAGAAAAUUUUGGAUGCGAUCAAAGUAUUCAAACUGCAGUAGAAGUCACAGCAGGUGGAAGAAUGUUUUUCCAUAUUGUGGAAUCUGAUAGAAUUGGUACACAAAUUUUAAAAGAAAUUAAUAAUCAAAAUUUACCUGGUGAAGUCACUUUCAUGCCAUUAAACAGAUUGACUGUACGAGAUAUAAGAUAUCCACAAUCCAAGGAUGCACUUCCAAUGGUCAGUAAGCUUAAAUAUGAACCUCACUUAGAUAAAGCAAUGCGUUUUAUAUUUGGCAAAACAUUAAUUUGUCGAAAUCUAGAAAUUGCUACUACAAUAUCUAAACAAAGUAUGCUUGAUUGUAUUACAAUUGAUGGCGAUCAGGUUUCUUCUAGUGGAACAUUAACGGGAGGAUAUUUUAAAAAUAUGCGUUCUAAGCUGGAAAUUCAAAAACAACGAAAUGAUUCGAUGAGCCAAAUAAAAGAAGCUGAAGAAGUACUUGCUGUAUUAAAAACACAAUUGAAUGAAGUUGAGGUCAAUGUGAAUGUAGUAAUGUCUGACAUGCAAAAGACUGAAACUAAAAAUAGUAAAUCCAAGGGUAAUUUUGACAAAUUAAAAGGAGACAUAAGACUUAUGAAGGAAGAACUUGUUGGAAUUGAAAGAUACCGAGCUACCAAAGAAAGGUUGUUAAUACAAGCCGCAUCAAAUUUAGAAGCCAUGCAGACCACCCGUAGUGGAUUAGAAUCAGAGCUUCAUCAGGAACUUAUGGCUCAACUUUCUGUUACUGAUCAAAGAGAAAUGGAUAAAUUGAAUGAUGAUAUUCGAUCACUAACUAUGGAAAAUAAAACAGCCUUUUCUACUCGUAUGAAAUUGGAAGCAGACAAAAACAAACUUGAAAACUUGUUAACAAACAAUUUGAUUCGUCGUAGAGAUGAGCUUAUGCAGGCAUUACAAGAAAUAUCUGUUGAAGAACGAAAACGGACAUUAGAAAAUAAUAAAAUGGAAGUACAGACAGUUAAAAAAAAAUUAGAGGCCUUGAAUGCAGAUAUCAAAAUUGAUGAUAAAAGAGUACAAGAAGCCGUUAAAAAGCAAAAAAUGUGUCAAGAAGAGUUAGAGAAGUGGAAAGUAUUAGAAAAAGAAGCUCAGGAAAAGUUAGAUAAUGAGUCCAAAGAUUUAACUAAAGUAUCAACAAAGCAAAAUAUGUUAAGGCAAAAAUUGGAUGAGUGUCAAACUAAAAUUAGUGACCUAGGAGCUCUUCCUAAUACUGAACUUAUUACUAAAUAUAUGUCUUAUUCGUCUAAAAAUUUGUUUAAAGAACUUGAAAAAGCUAACAGUAAUAUUAAACGUUACGGUCAUGUUAACAAAAAAGCUUUAGACCAAUUUAUUAGUUUUUCAGAACAAAAAGAAAAAUUGGUAUCCAGAAAACAAGAACUUGAUCGAGGACAUCAAAAAAUUGAAGAACUAAUGAAUGUAUUGGAACAAAGAAAAUGUGAUGCUAUACUUUUUACAUUUAAACAAGUAUCGAUGUACUUUACCCAAGUGUUUAGCAAACUUGUGCCUGGUGGAUUCGCUCAAUUAGUAAUGAAAUCGGCUGGUGGAGAAGAGUCUGCUACACCUAUUGUUGGCGAUGAAGAUAAUAUUGAUAACUAUUCGGGAGUAAUGAUUAAAGUGUCGUUUGCCGGCCAAGGAAGUGAGAUGCGUGAAAUGAAUCAAUUAUCUGGUGGUCAAAAAUCAUUAGUCGCACUAGGACUCAUAUUUGCUAUUCAAAAAUGUGAUCCGGCUCCAUUUUAUCUUUUUGAUGAAAUUGAUCAGGCACUAGAUCCUCAACAUAGGAAAGCCGUUGCAGACAUGAUACAUGAAAUGUCUGAUCAUGCCCAAUUCAUAACAACCACAUUCAGACCUGAAUUAUUAUUCAAUGCUCAUAAGUUCUAUGGAGUUAAAUUUCGUAAUAAGGUGAGUCAUGUGGAAUGUGUUACAAGAGAUGUUGCAUAUGAUUUUGUUGAAGAUGAUACAACUCAUGGAUAAUCAUUUUGAUUAUGAUUGUUUGAAUAUUUAAUAUCAGACUGUAUAUAGCUAUUAAGUUUAAAUAUUCAAUAAGUUAGCAGAAUUAUAUUUGGCUUUAUAUUUAAUCAUUUCUUUCCUAUCAAUGAGACCACAAUUAAUAACGUGUCUAUAUUCUGUAAAACCAUUUUUUCAUCAAUAAUUUAACUAACUAAUAUUUAUAUAUG